GUGUCAAGUUGAUGUGAGCGCUGCAUGAAUUACUGUCACAGUCAAGCCGGAGACUAGAAGACAACAUCUGGAAAUGGCUCAAGAGGACCAAAAUGAAACGUCACAACAAACAGCAACCAGUGACGAAGAGAAGGGGACCGCAAAGCAGGCUUCUCCUGCUGUUAUUGAGAUUCACGACUCUACAACUGAAUGUGAAGAUGAAGGAAGGGCCAGUGUGGUGCAGAUGGAGGAGAAGGCAUUUGUCUCAAGUUUGCACUCUUUUAUGAAGGAGAAAGGUACACCCAUAGAAAGGAUUCCCCACCUGGGCUUUAAACAAAUUAAUCUCUGGAAGAUCUACAAAGCUGUUGAUAAACUUGGAGGCUAUGAUUCAGUGACAGCACGACGCCUUUGGAAGAAAGUCUACGAUGAGCUGGGAGGAAGCCCCGGUAGCACCAGUGCAGCUACUUGCACUCGCAGACAUUAUGAGAGGCUGGUGCUUCCCUUUGAGAGGCAUAUAAAAGGAGAGGAAGACAAACCCCUGCCUCCAAGCAAACCACGAAAGCCAUACAAGAGAAAUUUGGAUGGCAAGAUGACUAAGGCAGAAGGGAAGAGGAAAAGAACUCAUUCAGAUAGAGACAUUGAUUCAGAGUUACUCACCCAGAGAAGUCCAGAAUCUUCCUGUCAAAGCGAAGCAGUAAUUCAUCCUCACUCUGCUCUCUGGGCUGACAGACACCACACUGAGCCAAACAGAGCAGCCAGUAAUGUCUGCCCUUCUGUUUACCUUCUCCCCACAUCCAACCCGUGGAUUGCUCAAUUACCGACUGCAGCCGGAGAGGUCAUCUCUCCUCUGGAGAAAAAAAAGCGAAUGGCUCAGGCUAGCCUCAAUUUGCCGCCCAGUUCUCAGAGCGAGGAUAAAGAAAGGCCCUCCGUCAUCCACUGCUCCCAGUCUCCAGCCAGGGCUUCUUCCAGCAGAAACUGCAACUCCUCUGAUGGCUCCCCACUCCCUUUAUCCUCCUCCUCUUCCCGCAGCCCCUCCCCUUACUCUGUUUCAUCAGAGGAAGGUCCAGCAGGAGGUGAAGAUAAAGCUGCAUCAAGCUCAGAAAUGUCCCAAAAUGCUUCUGUCAAAAAUCCAUCGGGCUGCAGUGAGGAUAGCAAGACUGUUAGUAAGACACACAAAGAACCUAAAGGACAGAAUAAGGAUGUUUCUCAAAUCGGCUCUGACUCGAUUAAAAACCAAGUUAACUGGAAGUCCAACAAAGGAGCAAGUAAACAUUACCCUCUUCCUUUCCAAUUACCCACCUCAUACUCUGUGAAAUCUGUCUGGGCUCCAACAUCUACCUCUAGCUUCACCAAAGUUAUUCCAAAACCUGGCAAUGUUCUACGACCCACUCCAGUUCGGCCAAGUUACAAAAACCACACGGGCAGGUUGCUUCAGCAAGACGACUCUCUGACUUGUGCAAAGAGGAUGUCUAUGUGGUCCUGUCAGACAGAGAAGAGAGAGAAAUCCAGGACAAUGCAACAGAAAGUUCCUCCCGCUCAGCAGAGCCUGUCCUAUUCCGCCGCCACCCUGCCAUUGCCCUGUGUCCUGUCAGGCUAUGAGAAAACAGCCAGAGACUCCAGGCACCAACCUCCCCUGCACCCUUCAUUUAUCCCCAACAGAAUGAGACUACCUCCCUCUCAGCUAAUGUACCGCAAUGUGCCAAUGGGUCCACCUCCCUCUGCUCUCAUCGGAUCUGCUCUUUACUCUUACCCCUACCCCAUUCCUCUGUUAAAUCCCCAAACUGCAUAUGCCAUUCCUGCCAUCAAUCCCAUUUACCCUCAAAAGUUGUGAGAAAAUCACAAUGAUAAUCACAAAACAAGACAGUGGGUUGUUGCUCAGUGGAGUAUUGUUGAGGCCUCCUUACAUAUGUUUUAAACAUUAAAAAUUUUCAAGUUAUUCCUGCUGAGUGACUGUAUGGAUCCUGGGGAUGAAGUCCGAGCAGUGAUAUCUACAAAUAUUUAUAGGAGCCAAUGAAUCAUGUUGAAGACUUGCUGUCCAAGUGCACCUGAGUGGUGUACUACUUAAAAAAAAUUACAAUAUGCAAUAUGUCUUUAGCUGCUACACUAGGGUCAAAUAAUGUAAUCUGUAUAAUAUAAAUUUUGGAAAAACAGAUUACCAUCGGUUAUUUUCAGUUUUGAUUUCUUUAGAUUUUAUGUAGUAAAUGUUAAUGAUAUGGUGUUAUGAUUAUUAAAAUGAAUUUUAUAUUCAAUUCAGGUCAAAAUGAAUGCGAUAUUAACCUCCUAGGACCUGCCGUCCACAUAUGUGGACAUCACAUUUUUGGUUAUUUUGACCAAAAUACUCAAUUUUGCUUUACAUGGGCCUGAUAUCCACUUACGAGGACA